AGCACCGAGGAAGAGCACUUCUUCUCGGUCUUGGAAAUAUUUUCGAAGAACUCAUCGAAUAUUUCUCGACGCAGUUCGGUGAUCUUGGUCACGACAGAGUCUCAAGUUUCUCAGCAUGAGGCGUAUACGCCACGUAGUGCUGCCCGUACGAUCCUGGCAUUACAUUGGACUCCUGAUAGUAUCGCUGGCGUGUCUGACGCUAGGACUGGUGUCCAGAGAUAGGGAAGGACAUGCUGGCAGUCUCGCGGGACCUGAACUCAUUCAUCAAGCUCCGCAUGAAUCGGACUCCUGUCCCAACUUGAAUCCUUUCACCAAAAUGCCUUCGACUAGCGUAUCAGAAGAAAUUUUGAGACCGGUUAAUGAAAUCAAAGUAUCCAGAGUAUCUCCAAUAUCUCGACAAACUGUGUUUUCCCGAUCGAAGAGUCUCGAUCGCUCGUCAAGGCUCAGCUCGCGGGAAACAAGACAAUCGUCCGGAAAUCGAGAUCUGUUACAGACCAAGAGGAUUUCAAGAUCGAGGACUCGUGUGUCUAAUGACGAAUCUGCCAAUCGAGUUCGGGAAUCCCGAUCUAGCAUAAUCGUGCGAUCUCGCGACAUUCGGAGCUCAUACGAUCCCGCCAUUCGACUCUCUCGAUCGCGAGAUCUGUCUAACCGGGCAACCGAUCGUCGUUCAGCCGACAAUAGAUUGUUUAAUUCCGAGCGCCGUUCGGCCAAUCGAUUCAAUAAUCGGCGGUUGCAAUCUACGGAACGACACGGGCUCAAUGAAGUCGCGCAAAAUCGGGCAGAACAAUCGAUGAACCGGCAGGUUUCUCCAAAUCGUCAGCGCCGUACGAAUGAUCUUCACGAGCGUACAUCACUUUCGAUAGAGCGACGAAUUCUAAGCAACACUAAUCGGCAAGAAUCUCGUGCAGGUUCAGCUGACCGUCGCGAAUAUCGGGAUUUGACGCGAAAUCGUGUAGAUGGCCGAUCUGAGAUGCGCGACCAUCGAUCUCGAUUUGUUGAACAACGCGCGAUCGAACGUCGAGAAUCAGAACGAUUCAGUCGUCGGAGGACUCUCCUUAACCGUUCGGCAAUUGUCUCGCGAGAGGAUCUCAAUCUUCAAACUCGAGAACGAUCUCUGAAAAAUCGUCGCGUUCUUCUUGCUCGCGUCGCAAAUCAGGAACACACAUCACGAUCUGCUGCCAGGGAUUAUCGGGAUAAUCUUGUCAUUCCUAACGAUCGUCGAUCGCUAUCACGAUCAAUAGAACGGCUGACUGUCAACGAUGUCGGUCGUGAAACUCUUCGUAGGCAAGCUAGAUCGGUUGAUAACAAAAGAUCCAGCGAACGCAAAUCCUCCGAGCGUAGAAACUUGGCUCGUACUAUGGAAAAACGUCGCGAGAUGCAACAUGCAGGACGUCGAAAACUCGAGAGCAAAGACCGUCUUACCGAUCAAAGAUCUUUCGAUCGAGCAACGUCGCAAGUUUCGCCUGAGCAUUUACGUCAAGAAAGAGUCAGUCUCUCGCAGAGAAGCCAAGAUUCACGUGGAAAUAAAGCGAUUGGGGAACAAUCUAGAUCUGUUUCUUCACGAUCACGUUAUAAUGAUCUCGAAGAAAACGCGAAUCAAAAAAGACAAGCUCGAUUUUCCCGAUCGGUCGAUCGUAAUUCGAUGGAUCAACGAAGUCGCAGCUCGCGCAAUUCUCCAGCAGAAGGACGAGAUUUAACUCUGGCGCGACGAGAAAGGACGAAUCGCUUAUAUCGAUUUCGCGAGGAACGAGAAACUGUCCUUCAAAGAUUCCGCGAAACUGAGCGACGAAUGUCCGGGAAGAUUCUGGAAAGACGAGUUUUAGAGCGACGUGUUGCUCCAGAUUCAGCGCGACUCGAUUCACGAUCCGAUAGAAGAAUCGAUAACUCAAGAUCGCGUGAAGAAUAUAAGACGCGGGAUCAGCGCUUGGACUCGCGAAUGUCCUAUGAAAAGAUGGUAGAGAAACGAUCUGCUCGAGAUUCGCAAAAAUCGACCGGACGAAAAAUCGACGCGAGGUUGAGCGAACGAUCGAGAAUGGAAGAUCGGCGUCUGGAACGAAGCUUGGAAUCGCGACUUUCUCGCGGAAGAGUGUUGGAAAGACGAUCUACUCUCGAGUCACGAAGAUCGUUUGAGCAAAGAAUCGGCGACAGCUCGAGAUCGCGCGAAGAAUCCAGAAUGGCAAAUCGACGUUUGGAACGAAACUUGGAAUCGCGGGCUUCUCGCAACAGGAUGUUGGAGAAACGAACCGCUCUUGAUUCGACACAAAGAUCGAUCGAUCGAAGAACUGACGAGAGCUCAAGAUUGCACGAAUCCAGAAUUCAAAAUCGACGUUUAGAACAAAAUUCUGAAUUGCGCAAUUCGAUCGCGAUGCGAAGAAUAAAGCGUGCGGUGAAUUCCAGGCCACUUCUCGAGAGUCGAAUCUCUCGUUUAUCAGACAAGAGAUCGGACUCACGAAACUUGCAAGACAUGCGCGCCGACAAGAAUAUAGAAGUAAGAAAGAUCGUUCCCAAAAUAAUUGAGGAUUUUAGACUUCACAACCAUUCUGUUACGUACGAUUUUCUAAGACAAGCUUUUCUUCUGGGUCUUUGUACCGUUUAUGGGCUUUCUCUCUACGGCAAGAAGUCUUUCAUUGGCAAUAAUAUAACGCAGCAAGCGCUACGUUUCUUAGUUUGGUAAACUAAAGAGAUAAUUGACCACCGAAAUGGCACCGAAAACUGCUACUCUCUGGACCUGCGAUUUUUUUAUCUAUCUAUUUGUCUACGUUAAAAAUUAUGUUGCGCGAUGUAGUGUUUUCAAGACUAGAACAUAUAGUAAUGUACAGCUCAUAUAUAUAUAUAUCUGUAGAGAAGUUGUGACUAGAAAAUAUAUGUAUAUUUUAUGUGAAUAAAUAAUUAG